AUGAAUAAAGAGGCAGAAUCAACAAGAUCCACUAUUUAUAGUUCCACCACGACACCACGACGUGACGUAAAUGCACAAAAUGAAAAUUCGGAGUGUGGCAAAUCAAGCUCAUUCAAAUUACCAGGACGAAAUGAAUCCGAGGAACAUGAACUUGAGGCGCGAACAGAUUUGAUUGAAAAUCCCGAAUGUACAACCAUUUCUAGUAGUAAUUGGAACACCGGGGAAUCUAAUUCCAAUAGAGAAAGGAGUCAACAAAAUCAUGUGCAUGUUGAAUGCUUAAAUCGAUGGAGAUUACGAAGUCAAAAGAAGACGAGUUUCUUUCAGUGUGAUGAGUGUAAAUAUCAAUACGCGUUUCGAAGAACCACAAUAGCAAAAUAUGCGACUAAUGAAUUUGUUUUGAAAAUAGUCACAUUAUUAUUGUUUGCAUGCUGUGUAUUCCUUGGUGGAUUCUUCGCAAAAUUUUUCCUCUACUUUAACGGAUUCAAAGCGAUGACAUUCGCAAAGAUAUUCACAGUUGACUAUAAUCAUCUAAUAUCUGGGUUCGUGUUUGUUGGUGUGAUAGGAUUCUUGCAGAUUUUGUUUUCGUUGUUGUGGUUGGGACCUUUUCCUUCGUUGAAUAUACGAUUACCUAGUGGAGGUGGGCGUGGGGGUGGGAGAGGAGAUAAUUUUGCUAUUUUGGUCGUGGCUGUUAUUCUCGCGAUGGGGGUUGUUAAAGCUAUUUGGGGCAUGUAUAAAUUUGCGCAAACUGUUAGCAGAUUGAUUUUGGAGCGAGUGGAGUUGGUGAUUUUGGAAGUGAACGCACCUGUGGAAACACCAUCGACAUAA